AUAAGGUGGCGCUAAAAGAUUUUGUUGAUUUGUUUAUGUUAUUAAUAAUAUUAAAUUAAUGUGAAGUUCAGGCUAAUUUGAAGGCAAAUCUAUUAUUUAUUUCAAUAUUAAAAUGUUGUAAUCUUCAACUCAAUAUAAAGUAUCAAACAUGGAAGAAGAAAAACUUAUUCGGAAGAAAAAGAAAGCUUUGAACGGUAGUAACAGACGAGCUUUAGCGGAGGCUUGUAAUGACUUGGCCACUUUUUACUACAAACAUAAUCGCUAUAGUGAUGCAUUAGAAGAAUAUAAAAAUGAAGCUUCUAUUACUAAGGAGUUGGGUCUCAAACUUGAAUGGGGGACUUGCAACAGAAUGAUUGGUGAAAUGUAUAUGUUGAUGGCUGAGUUUGAAAAGGCUUUGAAGUAUGAAGAGAGACAUUUAGCUAUAGCCAAAGAGCUUAAGAAUCAAGUAGAGGAGCAGCGGGCCCUGGCAACUUUGGGCAGAAUAUACUUAUUGCAAGGACAGAGCACAAAUGAUAGUGAUGAGACAAAAACUUCUCUGAAAGCAGCAGAGAAAGCAUUCAUGAAGGGACUUGUUUUAUGUGAAAAUUUGAAUGGAAAAGUUAACAAACAUGAGCUCAUGGACAUGCGUGCCCGCCUUCUCCUCAACAUUGGCGUUGUCCAAGAGUACCUGGGCUUUUUCGACAAGGCUGUGGAUUGCAUAAAGAAAGCAAUUUCUAUAUGCAACAGUCAGGAUUUGUAUGAAGUCCUACACAACUGCUAUAUGACUGAGGCAUCACUGUAUUCUAAUAAAAAGAAGGAUUAUGCUACAGCUUUGAGCUGUUUGAAUAAGGCCCUAGAGGUUGCUAGUCGGCUUGAAGAUAAGGUAUUAAAAACCUGUGAGACUCUGUCAACGAAGGCUGACAUUUUAUGCAAAAUGUCUGAUUACCAAAGUGCAAAACAAGUCCUGCUCAAAGCGUGGAAGUUAAAAACUCCAGAUGAGGAUGAAAGAGAAAAUAUUGAAUCCAAUCUCAAAGUUGUUGCAGCUAUGUGUUACACUGAAGACCUGCUCAUAUCAACGAAUCCAUCGGACCACUUGACCUUCAAGAAACUAUACGAGAAGCUCGGAGACGGGGCUUGUCACCUUCGGAAUUACUCGGGGGCCGUCGAGUAUUACCUGAAAAUGUUAGACCACGCGGAAUUGAAUGGAGAUUGUGGGAAGACACUCAUUCCUAUUUAUGUCAGCCUGUACCAAACCUACAAAGACAUGGGUUGCUACAGUGAAGCUUUGCAGUACUAUCAAAAGGAGUAUGAUCUUAUAAAGGAUGUGCCCAAAGAAGCAUUUACCACGUUAUACAACAUCGCUGAGACACUAUUUUUGGCUAAGAAACCUUAUGAAUUAGUUGAGAAAGCGUGUAUCGACGCUAGGAAUGCUGCACGCGAAUGGAACAAGAGAAAGUACGAAAUAAGAGUCCUGAAAAACCUCCUGAAAUACCAAGAGGAGUACUUUGAGACGGACAAAAUGGAGGAUAUUAAGAAUGAACUCCGUUUGUUGGGUUACGAUGACUUCGAUCAUUUGGACAAUUCUGAGGAUGACCAGAGUUCGGCUGGCUGCGAGGAGGACACCACUCAUAUUGGAGACGAUAUAUGCCUUGAAGACCUGACUGAUUUAUCUGACACGAACGAGGAAGAUGUAGCUGAUGCUAAAAGGGAGACCAGAAGGAGGGGUAAAGGCUUUGCAAUUAAAAAGAACAUGAAAGGCGAAACUCAACUGCAUGUAGCUUGUAUAUCCGGUAAUAAGUUGUUAGUAGAACGGCUUAUAGGCAAAGGCCAUCCCGUGAACGUGAGAGAUAACGCCGGAUGGCUGCCUUUGCACGAGGCCUGCAUACAUGGACACGUGGAAGUCGCCAAUAUUUUAAUUAACAAUGGGGCCAAUGUCAACGAUAGGGGAGGGUCGAACUGCGAUGGAAUAACACCAUUAUACGACGCAGCAAGCAAUGGCCACUUAGAAGUCGUUCAAUUGUUAUUAGAAAAAGGUGCGAUUCCAUCUUUAAAAACGGAUUUCGGCGAAACGCCUCUAAAUGUUCUUCAAAAAUGGCGGACUGGCACUAUUUUGACUAAAGAUGAAGAAAAUAUGUACAAUAAUAUUUGCAACAAAAUACACAACCUGAAAGAUAAAACUAAUGUUACAGAUAAAAUUGAACAUGUCCUCAAUAGAUCUAAAUCUAAGACUCCAAUAAAACCUGUCAAAGAUAAAACACCACCAAGUACUUCAAAAAUCACAAGCAAAAUCAAAGAAUUGAGAUCACCAGAAUUCAAAAGACGUAAUAUAAUUCAAGAUGACAGUGACGAAGAUAUGGAUUUAUCGCAAAAUAUAAAGAAUCUAGCUGCAUUUCCUUCAGAUGAUUCAAAUGAUUCUGAUUCAAGUGACGGUAGAUCAAACGAAUCAUUAAAAAGUAAGAGUAAAGAUAGAAAUACCGGUGUUAAUGAAUACAGAAGUGCAAUAUCUGCUUUGAGAAAUAGAAAUAUAGAUGAGUUGCCGGAAGUUGAUGUUAAGAAGUCUAAACCAAAACCAGCGUUAUUAGACCCCGAAGAAGUGGACGAUGAUUGGUUAGAUGACGAUUUAGGAUUAAAUAAUAAAUCUAAAAGACGAAAAUUAAGUGAUCCCUUAGCUACUGUUACAACAAAGAAACCUUCGUAUGACAGUAUUAAAGAUACUAUAGAGAAUUUAAAUAAGAUUGAACCAUUAACUGAUAAUAACACUUUAAAACGUAAAUCUCGUGUAAGCAAUGUUGUGGAUAUAAGCGAUAAUAGUUUAGAUUCCACUGAAAAUAUUUGUCCUAAAAAAUCCACAGCUGAACCUUUUAAAAACAUUAGGAAUGAUCUAAAUGAAUCAAGAUCAAAAGAUAGUAGAGAGAAUAUGAGAAGGAGGUGUAAAACUCAAAGUACCUUACUCAAAGCUGGCUUUCAAAGGAAGAGAGAUGACGACUCAAGUAACAGUGGAAGCGAGUCAGAAUUUACUAGAAAUAACGAUUCCAUUAUACGCUCCUCAACUCCAUCGUUUUCGCGCAAAUCUUCUAGUGAAAAUUUUUGUUUUAAUUCCAACGAUGGUUUUAAUGUAGUCCAUAAUUUGAAUACCAAUAUAGUGCAACCAGUAAAUAUGAUACAACCGAUCAAUAUAGUUCAGUCUUCGAAGAGCGGGCGUCCGAUAAAGACGCAAAUUUUGCCACCUGCUGCCGUUAAAGUGCAAGUAGAAGACAAAGUGUUGUUGAUAUCUUUGAAACUGGACACGAUAAAUAAAUUGACAAUCAGCUGGCUGGUUGAGGAAGUUAAAUCGAGGUAUUACAAACUGACAGGCGUCCGUCCCGUAUUCAGCCUGAUGACAUCAGACGGGGCUAUACUAUCGGAAGAUGACCCUCUAAGCUUGGUGCUCUCGUCUCCAGAACUGAAGACUUGCGUCACCAACUGGAAGGCGUCACCUGCUGAGGAAAGAUAUCUCGAAUGCUGUGACGCUUUGGGACUUUCAACAUCAGAAGAGAUCCGGCAAGCGAUAGGCAGAAGCCACGCGACACACCGCCUUGCGCUCGGCACGCGGACCUUGCCUCCCUCACAGAUCAGACCACUAUUCCGGGCCAUGACACACCAGACACACAUCACCGCCAUAUUGAUAUCCAACAAUAAUCUAGGAGACGACGGCAUGAAAUACCUAGCCGAAUGUCUCUGCACAUUGAGGCAUUUACAACAACUAGACCUGAGCAGAAAUAAUAUCACGCAAGACGGAACGAAAUACCUUUUAAAUAUAUUUGAAAAAUCCACUCGGCCUAUAUGCCAAUCUCUUGAAGAUUUAGACAUGAAUUACAAUCCUAUAUCAGAUGAGGGCUUUGGAAAUAUCGUGAAAUUAUGUCAGCAUGUGCGGCUAAAAGUGUUGAAGUUAAAUAAUUGUAAGAUAACUGAGAAUGCUUUGAAUGAAACAGUUAAAUCGAAUAUGAAUUUUGAUAGUAUAGAAUGUAUAGAUUUAAGUAAUAAUGAGAUUAAACAAGCGAUGGUUAGUUGUCUAAUGACGUCGUUGAAUCCUAAUGUAUUGACGGAAUUGGAGCUGGAUAAUAUUGGUGUACAAGGGAGUGUGGUAGGGUGUGUUGCAGCCUUUAUGGAUUCGGCUAAGGAAUUGAAGAUCAGAAGAUUCGGCCUAUCUGAUUGUAAAUUAGUGGAUGGACAGUUUAUGAGAGUAUUCAGGUCUCUAGGUCGCGCCAAGCAUCUUCAAGCUAUAACUCUCAAGCAUAACCUUCUAACUUUUAUCACACUGAAGAAACUUCUACAAAGGCAGCCGCCAGUGCCGCAAAUAAACUUAGAUGGAUGUCAAGACAUAUUCAAAUAUUCGCCCGACUCGGACUUCCAAGUAUGGCUACCAGCCAUAGAUUUCGGAAGAUGUAUACCAGAGAUAAACGUGACUCCUCUGUCACAAACGGACGCAGAGAGGGAAAGUUUUAAGUCAUUCUCGAAGACAUGGUUAAACUGCUUCAAAGGGAGAGGAGUGAUUGAACAUUGUGAUGGUGGUGUUAUUAGGUUUACAGCCAAGUGAAUUUUGAGAAUUUAUAUAAAGUGAGAAUGCUUUGAUGCAUUUUUAGUGUAUGUUAAUUACGAUCAAAAUUGUAAGGAACCAGCUAAUUUAGGAGGUUUUUGUAAGAUAGUUCAUAGUUAAAAAUUUAACAUAAAAAAGAAAUAAAAGGAGGUCUCUACUUGACUCUACCGAAGUGUUGGCUCUUAAUAUAAAAAGAAAUAACAGUAUGGUACUUUAGCAGCAGAGCAGUUGUUAAUACUGGAAGGAGUGUGUAUUAAUAUACUCACUUUAUCAUGGUACAAAAAAUUAACGGAAAAUGUAUUUUUGAUAAGAUGUAUUUAUUGUUUUUAGUUGAAUUUGUUUAAAAUUUUCAUGUAAAUAAAUAGC